ACAGAGGCAUGGCGGAUAUCAAAGCUGAAAGCUCAUCGCCGACGUCCGACAAGGCGAAAUACCUUCACCACUUCGAAGGCAUCCUGGUGGGCGACAUGUUCGAAGAGUCGCGGCUUCGAUCAGCCUUUCGUUACGAGCCCAGGGAGGAGGACGUGUUCGUCGUGGGCUUCCCGAAAACAGGCACCACGUGGCUUCAUUUCGUGCUGCAGCGCAUCGUGAACCAUGCGAGCGAAACGCCCGCACAGAGCGCCGCGACAUGCUUGCCUAACGUCGCCUUCCUGGAAUUCGCUGGAGGCGAGAAGGUUGAGAAGUUAUCCAGGAUUCCGGGACUACCACUGGUGAUCAAGACGCAUCUGCCCUUCGAGAAGGUGCGCUUCUCGGACAAAUCCAGGUAUGUCUACGUGCUUCGGAACCCGUACGACACCUGUGUGUCGUACUACCACCAGGUGCAACAAAAAGCCCCAGGUUGUCGUGACCUGACCUUCGACGAGUUCUUCGAGCAGUUCAUAGACGGAUGGGUUCACCCGAAUGAUUACUUCGAUCACCUGGCGUCCUGGUUUGCGCACAAGGCGAGACCUAACUUUCUGUGCAUAGCGUACGAGCACAUGAAGAAAGAUCCUCGUUCGGGUAUUCAACAAAUUGCUGCGUUUCUCGGAAAGGAAAUCGGCGACGAUGCAGUACUGGAUGAAAUCAUACAGACCGUAUCUCCGGAUAUUAUGAAAAGAGCCUUCGCCGAAGCGCUUUCUGCAAGGCAACAGGAGAAGUCUGUCAAAGGCCGUCCCCCGAACGGAGCUUCAGAAGACUCGUCUAACGGAGUUAGCAAGCUCCAAGGAGGAAGCCUUGUGAGGACAGCGACUGUCGGCGACUGGAAAAACCAUUUCUCGGCCUCUCAGAUUGAGCGCAUGAAAGCCAAAAUGGCGUCCAAGACUGUCGGCUUUCGAACAGAUCUGGAGAUUUUGUGGAAGGAUGCCAAUCUGCCGUGA